CGCUUGACAUAAAGUCGUUUUCUGCACGAACAGUAAUAGCAGGGGCACAAAGAUGGCGACCUCAAUGCUAAGGCUAGGACGACUAGGAACAUUGAAGUGCCUCAGGCAGGAUGGCUGGGGCUCUCUGAAAACUCCACUCUCUGCAGCUUUCUGCACUAAAACUGAGGCACCCAAGAAGCCAGCAAAGAAAGCUUCAAGUAAGACCUUAGAGGCUCCUGACGAGAGGGCUGCUCUGCUAGCCUACAAGACCACUGUUGCCUUCCCUACUAGACUUUCCACUCCAGGAUUUCUCAGUCAAGGUGUUGCAUUAGGUGAAUAUGACAGACAAAGCAGGGAUCCCAUGACAGGUGAGAACUCAGUGGCUGCGGGUGCCUCAACACUUCAAGUUUCAUGUGAGGCUUUGAGUAAAGAUGAUGUCGAUGCCAAACAAGCUGAAUCCGUCACUGAUGAUUCUGUCCAAGCCGAAACGGCAGCAAAAGCUACUCCAACUGCAGAGACAUCUACGAACAAAGAUGCAGCAAGUCCAACCAGUGCUGAUGUAAAGGCACCAAAAGAUGGUGAUGCUACAUCAUCUUCAUCAUCUUCCAGCGAUUCAGAUUCUGACUCAGAUUCUGACUCUGAUUCUGACGAUGAAAAACCAGAAACUAAAAUGAUCAAACCGGUGGGACAGACUGAAGAUAAAACAGGACAAGAAGAAAUACCAUCAGCUGAAAGAGAGGGGCCCACAUCAGACAUGAAGACCAGAGCUGUUCCUGAACCUGUACAACCUUCUGAUUUUGAAGGUUUACCUAAAAGCUCACCUGUAGGAGCAGCUGAGGGUUCUCCUGUAGGAGCAGCUGAGGGUUCUCCUGUAGGAGCAGCUGAGGGUUCUCCUGUAGGAGCAGCUGAGGGUUCUCCUGUAGGAGCAGCUGAGGGUUCGCCUGUAGGAGCAGCUGAGGGUUUGCCUGUAGGAGCAACUGAGGGUUCUCCUGAAAGUACACCAGAGGUCAGGGAAGCUGUGAGUCAACCUACAACUGAAAAAGUACCUGGUUCGAACAUAGCAGCAGCCUCAUCAGAAGAGAUAAUCGACCCUGCUCCUGUGUCAUGCACACCUGAAAGUGUUCAAACUCAAGCAGAAGUUAUACCAGAAAAAAAUGCAGACGUACGGGUGAGGUCUUCAGAUGUUUCUAAUGCCAUCCCUGAACCUGUCACCGAUUCAGGCCACAAACCACAAGUCAACCACGAUUCUGCUUCCGAAGUGGCAUCAGAACCAAAAGUCAAAAGCAAAGCUGCACCAGAGAUGACAGAAGCUGUAGCUGCAGCUGAAGAGUUAGUGGACACCGCUCCUGUAAUAACUGACGCAGAAGAAGUCCAAGCUGAACCUGAAGCAGCAGCUGCACCAGAGGAAGCUGCCCCUGCACUCGAGCCCGAGCCGUUCGACAACAGCAUGUACAAGAACCUGCAACAUCACAAUUACAACAGUUACACAUUUGUGGACAUGGAUGUGGAGAUGGCCAAGUACCGUCUGGCCCAGCCCACUACGGGAAGACCAUCACCCCAGCACUGAGCUCUCCCUCAGGGGGCCUGUGAUCUCCUUCCUGUUCUCCACAGUGAUUAACGUCCUACUGCUUUUCCUUUGCUCUGAUUUGUCUUUCAGAAGGUUGGCCACAUUGCAACUUUCUGGUGAAAUGCUUGUAAUUACAUUAAAGUAUAUAAAUUAAUGAA